AUGGCAACUACCACUGCAGCUGCAAGAGGAGCAGGAGAAGAUGUGACAAUGAGAGCAGUGCUCCCGCAGCUCAUUGAUGCUGCUGCCUUCAAUCUGGCUUUCUUGACAGUCACAGAGGCCGCAGCUGCACCACAAAGACAUUUAUUCACUAGAAAACAUCAGAAUAAGCCUCUUAUUAUCUCUCAAGAAUGAUACUC